GAUGUGCCGAACAUCGACGAUGUCAAUGGAAGGUCAGAUGUUCGUUACGACAUCAGCGAGUGCCACACGGGCAAGUCAGGAGGUGGCCUUAUUCGGGAGGCCUUCGCUUACGUGGAGCCAGGCAUUUGCAAUGCCAGCUCAUCGAACAGCAUUCUUCCUCGACCGAAAGUCGACCUCCCUUGCGAUGAGCCAUGUGAUGAAGAUCAUUACCUCAAGGUGACAGCUGUCUACAAGCAAGGAAAGCUUCGUUCAGCUCACGGGGAGUUGGAUGUCAUUUGCACCCGAUGUCCGAGAGGGCGCUUCUCUCUGGGCGGAGGUCGCUAUGUGGAUGGUUCGAAGGGUGACUGGGCCAGGUCUUGGCCGGAAGGGCUUUCGACGUCGUGCCUUUACCGCGAAGCCGAUUCUCGCUGGACGGUGGGAGGAGGAGCUCGUUUGGCUUGUGUUCUACACCUGCAACAAGAUGGCCAAGCCGAAGCGCUGUCGGCAGAGACCAGGUCUGGCACCUGGAACCGCAACUUGCCCGACGUUACCUUGGAGGUGCCCUUUCGCAUCACCAACGGAUUGGCCUGUGACUCACUGAGCUGGGGUGGAGACAGCUCGCUCAUCGGUGCCGCAGUUCUGGUUCUACGAGGCACGUGCCCUUUCUCCACCAAAACGCAGCACCUGGCAGCAGCGGGUGCCAAGGCGGUGAUCGUGUACAACAACCUCUACAACAGGCCGCACUUCAUCCCAGCAGCUGCACCAAACAGCACCGCAGCCACAAUCCCGAUCUUCAUGGUCACCAGGGAGGAUGGUGAGCGGAUGGUGACUGCAGCGGAAGAUGCGGCUGCAGAGGGCGAGUCGCUGCAGUUCCGAAUACCGAGCACUCGGUGCAGCGUUGACAGGCGGGAAGCUGCGCCGACAACGAAUCACAGUGGUCAGAGCUCUGGAAGUUCAGACUCCUGGGAGGCUUCCGAGAAAGGUUGUGCGCUUUGGGCUGCUGACCCUGCGGGCAGCUUCCUGUACUCUGGGGACAACCGGCGCUUCCACUGGGUGUUCUCGUACCUCACGUAUUCAGUGCGCUUCGUCCGCGAUGGCUACAUUCGCUUCCGCUAUGCCGUUGAUGCAGAAGAGAUGCUUGUCUUGAAUUGUGUGGAAAGGGGCUAUGAUGGCCUCAUCUUCGAGAUGGACGGCGAACCCGCCGGAUCCUUUGCGAAUGUCUGGUGGUUUGGAAUGGAUCUGUCCGGUCUCAAGUUGCUCCUUGGCAAGAUGUGCGAUAUCCUGUACGUCCCAUGCCGACUUUUCGUGUCGCAGCUGCUCCGUGCCUCGACUGCACAGUUCCUGUCGGAAAGGUAUGCGGAGGUGUGGGGCUCGGGAAGCUCGGGUGCCAGCAGAGAAAGAGAAGAGUUUGUUGUCGUGCAGUUCUGGCCAGGCAUGGCCAUUGACGUUUUGCUUGCGAUCAGUGUUAAUAGGAUCGUCUACCGUGCGUGGAAUGGUACUGCGCAGCCGUCCGACUCCAUUUUUUGCCGUGGUAACAAGACUAUGGUGCAUGCUCUCUGGCGGCAGCCCAAAACCUGCCAGACUACAUCUACUGCAGACGAAUUGGCUGGCAUAACAGUCAACAACAGGGUCCGUGGCUGCCCAGCCUGCCAGCCGUUUCAAUGGCGGCCCCGGGGUGGCAGUUGCGAGAAUCGUCCUGCACGAGCUUGCCCAGUGCCAAAGUUUGCGCUGCCAAUUCUGAAAGUGAACCGAUGGGAGGUGUUCCCAGCAAACUUUACAUCUUGGAUAUGGGGUCGUCCAUCCGUCGAGGACCAAUCGCACUCCUGGCAGCUCGCCCCUGACGGCUCAGCCGUGGAGGUUGGAACGGCCUUCCUUGGAGGCGGCGGUGCAGAAGCGGAGGCGCUUCUGUCAGCCAGAGCAGAUCAAGCCAUUCUCGGGCUAGAUGUGUCCUUGGCCAGCCCCGGUGCGCUGAAAUUUACGUUGGAGGAGAAGCCUGCUGGAGCUUGGUCCUCAGCAGGAGCUCUUUAUGUGGACCACGAACCUCGACAGCCACAAGAAGUUUCUGUCAAGGGAGGACGGCUGCAGUUCAAGUUGCGCAUGGAACCUGGAUGGCACUGGGUGACGUGGGUGUGGCGCUACACUGGUCCAAAGCUGGAGGAGCAGGCGGCCGAUGCCAGCCAGCAGCAGGAGGGAAGUGGCCUCCGGCUGCUCGAAGUCUCCGUGACCAAUGCCUUAGGCGCCAGCCAGUCUGGGCCCUGCCGGAGCUGUCCGCCGGGCCGCGGCCUGGUGAACACCACCGAGUGCCGGGCGUGCCCGCCUGGUUGGAGCACAGCCAUGGACGGCGGCGAGCCAGUCCAUGAAGGCUGCAGCCGGUGUCCGGCCGGCCGUGCGAGCAGCGGUGACCGCGGUACCGGUUCGCCCAGCUGCAAACCAUGCGGCCGUGGAACCUUCAGCGACUCAGGCGCCAGCUUCUGCAAGCCGCUGGCAACGUUGGGUGGUGAAGGGAGGCUGCAGUGGAGUACGGAGGCGAUCCUGGCUGCCUGGCCGAACUCCUCGCAGACGGCAAGUGGCCUCAGAGGUGUUCAGGUGGAGGAUCGGACCUACUACGUGAGCCUGCUAGAGCCGAAGCGUUUCCCAGGGAUUUCACUGCCGUUUACGAAUGCGGCAGCUUUUGUUUGGGAAGUUUUACCACCCAGAAUCAACAACGAUGGUGAUGCAUGUGAGUCCAGUGCCUCGUCUCUGUCGUCUCUGCGACCCUUUGCCGAGACGUUGGAGCAAGUAGUUCCAAACGAGGGAAUGCCUGCGGGCCUCUGGCUGAACUUCGCCGGCAACUGCGAGAAGAUGGGAGAGGUGACAAAGCGGGAACUACACAUACUGCUGAGUUGUCGUCCAGACGCACGACGUGACAACCUGGACAUCAAGCUUCUCAGUGCGAUGCGCCCACCGUCUCCAGGUGGCUGUGAGGACCUGGCGUUGGAAUGGUCAACGCCGGCGGCUUGUCCUCUCUGCCAAGAAGGUGACUGGGAGAUGACCGUGCCAAACAAGUGCGAUCCCGUGAAAGGUCAGCGUGUCACCCAUGUGGCACCCAGCGGCUGCAGAGGCGGCGUCCCCAAACCGCCGGAUUCCUGGCGGCCCUGUCCCGGGGUGAUCAACAUCCUCGCGUUUGUCAUCAUCGGGGCGUUAGUUGGGUGCAUUCUCUGUUGCCUCAGCUGCUAUGUCCUCAUCCUCCGUAGGCGCUAUGCCCGGUACAUGGUAUUGGAGGAGUCACAGGUGAACGGAGUUGCUCCGUCCAGCAUCGGAGUUCCUGACAGCCCCCACCCCGACUUGAAGUGA